CUACUCUAGGAGGAUGCAGGACCCCUGACUUCUGUCUGGACAGCGCUGAUUGGCCCUGAGCUGAUCACAUGCACUCUCCCAAGAAAAAAAAACACCUCUCCAGCAAUACACACCAAACUGAUCAUGUGCAGACUGCAUUGUACAUGAGCCCUUAUCAGGAGAUAAGAGGGGGGCACUGGAAGGGGAGGAUCAGAGAAGUCAAGAUCAAACACCUUUUUUACACAACGCAGAGGAUUAACCUCUUAGGUUCCACAGUGAGUAUAACAAGCAUGCUUUACUGCAUAUACAGACUGAUUUUACUGUUGUGGGUUUAG